AUGGGUAGAAAGAGUCGGAAGAGGGCUAUGAUUAAGCCCUUUUGCUAUUUUUGCAACAGAGAGUUUGAUAAUGAAAAGAUUUUAAUUCAACACCAAAAGGCUAAACAUUUUAAAUGUGAAGAAUGUAAUCGCAAAUUGGAAACCGCCAAUGGGCUACUAGUACAUAUGCAACAGGUCCAUAAAAUGGUUCAGAGACGAGUCCCAAACGCAAUAGACGGCCGUGACGAUAUCAACUGCGUGGUACAGGGUAUGCAUGGAGUGCCUCCGGAGGUUAUUCAGGAGUUCCACAUUAAACAGGUGCAAAGAGCAGACAGUAUAAAUAAUAAAAAGCAGCAAAGAAUAAGUUGGACCCAAGUUGCAAUGGCACCGUCGGUCGAACAAUUUUUGACCCAAAUGAGAACUGGAAAUACUCACUUCCCAGGCAUGCAAGAAACUGCUUCUGUAAUUCCAGCUCCUACUACCGCUGGUUCUCAUUCUACUCCUAUGAUGGCUGCCCAAAGUGCCACAAGGGGAGGAGCCUCUGGGUUUUCUCAACCAGUGGACAUAGUACAUCAAACUCCUGUUGCACAACCAAUAUUACAACCAGGGGCGACUUCCGGAGUACCAAUGGCCUCGCAAACGAGAGUUAUACAGCCACUUAUAUUAGGACCGAAGGGGGUUCCCGUAGAAGCUCCAGAAGUAAAGGCACCUAUCCCAUCUAGAUUUACGGCUCCAGUGGUUCCUAUGGUAUUUGAGAAGAAAAUAGAACCUGAAAAGUCUGACGAACCCCAGACUCUCUUCUACAAAGCCUGCGGUUUUGCGCCACUCUUCGUGCCAACACCAGCUCUGGGAAACACAAGACUCUCAUACUCAUCUGAUUCGGUAAGUAUAAAUAAUUAUAACAAUAAAAUUCACACAUUUAUUCAAAUAUGUUAA